AUGGUCGCUUCACUCGCUUCUGCCGCUUCGGCGGCACUCUUGCUCGUCGGCAGCCUCCCCGCCGUCAACGCGCAGUACACCAUCGACACAACUGACAACAUAAAAAAGUCGGCAAAAAUGCUCGCAUACGACCUUAUCAAACAGUACAAGGGCAACCAGACCGGCGAGAUCCCCGGUAUUUUACCUGGCCCGCCAACCGAGCACAAGGGCGACUACUACUGGUGGGAAGGAGGCGCCAUGAUGGGCACUUACAUCGACUACUGGAAGCUGACGGGCGACUCGGCCUACAACGACCUCGUCAUGCAGGGCAUGCUUCACCAGACCGGCCCCAAUGCCGAUUACAUGCCGCCAAACCACACCGCAUCGCUGGGUAACGACGACCAAGGCUUCUGGGGCAUGUCCGCCAUGUUGGCCGCAGAGAACAAGUUCCCGAACCCGCCCGAAGAGAAGCCUCAGUGGCUGGCACUGGCGCAGGCCGUGUGGACGACGCAAGCUAGCCCCGAUCGCCAUGACGAUACCUGCGGUGGAGGUCUGAGAUGGCAGGUGCCUUUUUCCAAUGCUGGAUACAACUACAAGAACACCAUCGCAAACGGAUGUUUCUUCAACAUUGGCGCCCGCCUCGCCAGAUACACCAACAACGACACGUACGCGCAGCACGCCGAGAAAACCUGGGACUGGCUCUGGGCCGCCAACUACAUUGACCACGAGUCCUGGAACGUUUACGACGGCGGCCACGUCGAGCACAACUGCACCGACGUCAACAAGCAGCAAUUCUCUUACAACGCGGCCAUUCUCACGCAGGGCGCCGCUUUCAUGUACAACUACACCAACGGUUCCGACGUCUGGAAAGGCCGCAUCGAAAAGAUGACAGAGUCCCUCUUCCUCAACUUCUUCCCCAACAACACCGCCUACGAGCUGGCCUGCGAGGGCCGCAAGGGCCAGUGCACCGCCGACAUGUUGUCCUUCAAGGGCUACGUCCACCGCUGGAUGUCCGUCGUCACGCAGGUCGCCCCCUUCAUGAAGGACAAGAUUCUGCCCGUCCUCAAGGAGUCGACGCAGCACGCCGUCAAUCAGUGUACGGGCGGCGCCGAGGGUCGCACCUGCGGCUUCUACUGGAACGAGCAAGUCUAUGUCGACCCGGCCGUCGACAAGACCUCUGGUGCCGGUGAGGUCAUGAACGUCUUGGCUGCCGUGUCGAGUCUUCUUAUCGAGGAUGCUGCGCCGCCUGUGACGAAUUCGACGGGUGGUAUUUCAGCGGGUGAUCCUGAUGCAGGAAGCAAGAGUAAGGAUAACAUUGAGCCGGAGCCUAUCACGACGGCGGAUAAGGCUGGCGCGGGUAUCCUGACAUUCAUCGUCCUUGCUGGUGGUUUGGGUACGUGGGGAUGGAUGAGUCUGGGUGACUGA